UUGUGGAGUCUCGGUGGGCGGGGCGUUGGACAGAACGGAGGCGUCGCUGAAGGCCCGCGUGGGCUCAGCCUUCAAGAACUGCCUCUGAGCGUGUGAAGAAGCCGUUGCUCUUUCGAGUCGCCCUCUUUCAGGCUCGGUGCGGUGGUCGGCAUGGCCCGUGGAAAUCAGCGGGAACUUGCCCGCCAGAAAAACAUGAAGAAAUCCCAGGAAAUCAACAAGGGAAAAAGAAAAGAGGAUAGCUUGACUACCUCUCAGAGAAAGCAGAGGGACUCUGAGAUAAUGCAACAAAAGCAGAAGGCAGCUAAUGAGAAGAAGUCUAUGCAGACAAGAAAAAAAUGAUCACUACUUGGAAAACCUGGGUGCUUCUUCCAACUAGGUGUAUCAUAACUCUAUGAUCAAGAUUUUUGUAGAGUGGACAGUCAUUACGUAUGUUAUAACAUAUCCUUAUAAACCCCUUUUAAACUUAACCUUUCAGCCUGAUUUAGCGUGAUAUUUCAGAACCAUCUUCAAAGAAUAAAACACUAACCACACGUGA